UGAUCCAUCAAUCUUCAUCUGUUCUACAACUGGACAGAUCCUUGCUUUGUAAAUUCCAUCGCACAAAGCCAGAUCGCUUCAGCGACCUGCUAGACCCAACAUGGCAUUCACCAGAGCCUCCUGGACGCGCGCAGAUCUCAAAUUCUAUGGAAUCUACAUCCUCUUGCACUGCAUAACCAUCUUCCUCCGCUUCAUUAUGCUGGUACCGACCAUCUAUCAACAGAACUAUGCGACACUCCACAACAGAGAAAUCAGUGACAACCUCCUGCUUCACAAUGGCACCUACGAUCCAAACAUCGUGACCGGCGAAAGGCUUGCAAACUGGUGGGCUUCCUUUGCCUUUCUCUGGAACCUUACAAUCUGGGUACCAUCUAUAUGGCUGCACCCACCAUUGCACCUCCCAGUCGUCGUUGGGGAUGUCCUAAUCACUGUCUACAUAGCGCGUGUUGUGGACUAUCAAAACGGAUACGUGCCCACGGAGAAAAGUGCAUGUAAUGACAUGUCCACUUUUUACAAUCAACGACCUCCAGGGACUAAUGAGAGCUUCUUUGCUGCUGCUGCGAGGCUGAAUGCGACUGCCACAACCCCUACCAAACUGUGUAAGAGCUUUGUGGAGGAACGGCAAUACGGCAUCUCUGUAGUCUUCUUCCACGCCUUGGUGGCGCUUUCUGGCAUUGUCACUUUUGUUGGCUGCAUAUCAAUUGCCAGAGAACAACUCAUCGAGUUCGUGAAGACAAUGAAGGCAUGCGCUGUGUUCUUCUUGGCAUGCAUCAUUUAUCUACCAAAAGGAAUCGUGGAGCUUAUUCCCUUUAUUUUACAUACCAUCCCAGUCUUUACUUUCCGCAUAUGCUUGCCUAACAGGACAAAAGCGCAAGUUCGAACAGCACGCCGGUAUGCUGUGAAAACGGCACUUGGGGCGGAGCAGAAGACUGAGAUUGCGCUCAAAGGGCUGAAGGCACAGUUUGUCAGCAAGAAUAACGUAGGGGGGUAUCACGGCACCGAUGGAGAGCCUACACAACUGGCACAGUUCCUCGGCAUUUACGACAUGCUUAUGAUGGUCACUCAACACCUACACUAUAUUGAUGUCUUAAGCUUGUCUUCCGUCUCCAAAUCUGUUCACAACUCGGUCCUUCCCCACGAUGAUCUUCACCGCCGCCUCACCGUUUUCAAACGAAAUACUUGC